AUGAAGCAACCCGUUGAGCUGUUGAAAGAAGUGAAGAAGGUUUCUUUUACAGCUAUUGUCCAUAUUUUUAUGGGCUCUUGUAAUCAUAACGUUGUUAAAAAGAUUGAAAGUUUAUUUGAGGAUUUGAUGAAUGGCUUGAACUCUCUUCCCAUUAAUGUUCCUGGUUUUACUUUUCACAAAGCACUCAAGGCACAAGAGAAGAUAGUGAAAAUAUUAGAACCUGCUGUGAGUGAAAGGAGGAUGAAGAUAAAAAAUAGGCAACAUAUGGGAGAGAAAAAGGAUUUUAUGGAUAUUCUAUUAGACAUGAAAGAUGUGAAUGGUAGAAAAAUGAAGGACGGAGAUAUUAGUGAUUUGUUAAUAGGACUAUUAGCUGCUGGACAUGAAUCUACAACAACUGGGAUCAUGUGGACUAUCAUAUACCUUACAAACCAUCCACAUUUUCUCAAAAAAGUCAAGAUUGCUUCAGAUGGACUCAAACAUAGAGUGUUUGAGGUUUCUCUGGCUGAUCUCCGAGGGGAUGAAGAACAGGCUUUCAGGAAGAUUAGGCUUAGAGCCGAGGAUGUUCAAGGGAAGAAUGUCAUGACAAAUUUCUGGGGGAUUAAUCUGACCACUGACAAAUUGAGGUAG